CUUAAGCGCCUAAGAGAUUAAACAAACAAUCGCCAUUAUCUCAUUUUCAGCAGGUGGUUGUUUUUAUUUAGUUGACAUCGUUUUACCUGUGCCAGGAACAAGUGUGUCACGCACGUGUCUGUUUAGAUAUGUGACAAUGGUAGACACCCAGGAGUCCCCGUAGCCAUGGAACUUGUGGUUGCCAUAGCAAUAGGAGUCCUGUCUACUGUUUUCAUAGCUUCCGUUGUUGCCUUGGUGUUUGUGUGUCGUCAGAAAUGUAAGAAAGAGUCAGACCUCAUCACCCAACAACACAGGGAGACAAGGCCAGAUGUUCAGUUAAUUGAAGAGGACCCACAGAGACCAGUAUCUGCUGCGGUGGAGCUAGAGGAUGUUCAAAUAGGUGACCCAAAACUGGACCAAAUUCUGAAAGAUGAAAACUGGGUUGAUGAUAUUACAGGUUUAGUGCCUCACUGUCUCUCUGUUCUGAAGACCUGUAAAUACCUGACCGAACAGUUGGUCGGCAUGACGAUGGGGAAUUCCCAAACAAUUCAGACCCAGGAACUCUUGACGGAGGUAGUCACUGUUGCUAAGAGGAUCAGUCCUCGGGUUGAUGAAGUCGUCGUAGCCAUGUAUCCCCCCCUGGACCCACGUCUCUUAGAAGCCAGGUGUACUGCUCUAGUGCUGUCUGUUAAUCAUCUAGUGCUUGUCACUAAACAUGCUUGCCAAUUGUCGGGAGAGAUGGACUGGAUUGACCAAAAAAUGGCUGAUGUUGAAGAACACCUCCAAGUAUUACGAGAAGCCAGCUUAACCCUGGAGAUGUCUAAAUGGAUGGCGGAGAGCUUGCCAGAGGAAGAGGAAACAGCUACUGCAACAAGUUCUACACAGAAUGAGUCAUCACAAGUCUAACAACUCAUCUCCCCAAUAUUCAUUGUCCCAUCCAUCUCACUAAUGUUCCAAAAACAACAGAAACAUUUCCCAAAACAAAAUGAAUUGGUCACAGCUCUAUUAAAACUGUCCUUCUCCAUGUCUCCACCCAUCCUUAUUCUAAGCCUGACUCCCAUCUUUCCAAAUGGUCACAACUCUGUGAAGAAGACAUUUUUCCCUUCUUCAUACUGACUGUUAAGACUGAAACAGAGUGAAUUCUUAAGAAGUGUACCCUCUAUAUCUGUGUGACCCUUAUCUUCCAAACCAGAGAAUAUGUAAUCACUCUGGUACUGUUUCAACAUUCCUUCCAGCAGUGAGUUUUAGUCUGGUAGAUUAGAUAUAUAAAGAUGUUUUUUUAACCAUUUCAAAACCAGGUGCAGUUUCUACACAAAGAAGCAAUUCUUCACCCCUUGGAUGUAUCAGGAAUCUGCAAUAAUUAUCAUAUUGAGUCAUUUCACUACAGAUUAAGUCCUUGUGUGGGUAGAAUAGUGACUUAGUGAGAGAAUAUCAGUAUUAAUGGCGGAAAUACAUAGAAGAGAUUUACGAUUUUCAAAUGAAUCUAUGAGGUCAAAAUCCUACAAAUCUAACAGUACUCCUACGCAGACAUUUUACAAGAGAAAUUGCAGCUAAAAUCAAAAUAGAGUUUUUACAAUUGACAUUAUAUUUUACACUGAUUUAAUUGUCAUUAAGAUGUGAAUAGGAUGCAAUACAAAACUUCAAAAGCUAUGAAGAACUAAGAUUUUUGAUCUUAGUCUUAAGUGUUUAUGUAAAAUGGAGCAUUGGCUUUUAUUAAGUCUUAAUUUUCAUUUCAUUGUAAAUUUUACUUAGAGAAUAUUGGUUUCAAUACUUUAUCACUGUUUAGUAAAUGUAUGAUUUCUGCAAUGCUACAGUUUUAUGUUGUUUACUUUAUUGUACUAGCUGUACAAGACACACAUUAAUUAAUGUUUACAGAAAUUUACAAUUACAGCAAUAUGCCAUCUCUGCUUCAUGAUGUAAAAGAAUAAUGUUGUUGUCCAUAUGUUGUAUUUCCAGUGUUAACCACUUCAUCUACACUUAUUGGAAUGUAAACUUGUAACAAAUACACAAUGACUGUGGAUAUAACAUUAUUACAUUGUACAGUUAAUUUUAACCAGUGUAAAAUGGUCUGCCAGUUAUGACAUUGUAUGUGCAUUAAUUAUGAUCAUUGAUGUUUUCAGUGAUAAUUUUAUCAAUGGUGAGAGAGAAAAAAAAAGUUAUAGAUAAAGCUCUAAGGACGCAAUAAAAACAUCAUAUUUAUUAUUCAUGAAAUCAGUCAAAAUAUUAUUAUGAUUGCACUGUAGCUGUUCUUUUUUGUGACUUACAGAGUUAUUUUCAAGUCAUUCCUAUUAUUGAGGAGGUUCUAAACACUAAUGACUUGGACUUUGACUUUAUAUCUAUGCAGAGGUACACACUGACUGUAUCUGGUUCACAACAUAAGGUGCCUACCAUAUUUCCCCAGAAAAAAAUUUUCAAAGACAAUGAAGUAUUAGUAAACAGAAAUCACUGUUGUUUACUUGUACUGGUAAUAUACACGCAAAUAAUGCAUUCAAUUACUUUAUUUUGGUCUAAUAUUAUGCUAAGAAUACCUUGAUAUAAAUUGUGCCAAUCGCUGUUGAUUUCUUAUUCUGUUUUACAUCUAAGGGCAGAUUACUCUAACUGCAUUAAGCAACCAUGGAAUGAGAACUCUUUAGUGUGUAGUGUUUAGAGCUUCCUUAAUACCUUUCAGUUUACAUGUUUACACAAUUAUCUAUUAUUUCAUAAUUAUUUCUUUUAGUCUGUAAGACAAGCAAGGGGCCUUAAAUAUGAUACCAGGAGAGUAUUUUAUAUAUUAAUUUUUGUAUAUUAAUAUAUGUGUUUGGUACUGUAAUGAUGAUAUGUUGUUGAUGGAUAAUUUUUAUGUCAGUAUGUAAAUUGCUUAAAGGAGAGGCAAGUUAUGUAUAUAGUUCAGUAUACAAGAGGAAUGGUAUGGCAUUUGUAUGUUUCAUUUAAAACAUGUCUGUCCUAUGAGUGAUAUGAGAAUAGCAGUGUUGAAGCAUAUUUACUUUUCAAAAUCUGCGCUCCUCUAAAGUCCUUGCUACAAUUUUUUAUCAAUAAUGGAAAUGGUUAAUUUGUGCCUAUGGACAUUUUUUUCAAAAAGUAACAAUUUUGUUGUGUUGUUGAUAUUACGCAGAUGAUAAAGAACACCGCAUAAAACUAAAAAUACUCAGUAGAAAAAAGAAAUUAAAACAAGGGUUGUUCAAGAUACUCACUGGUGUAGAUAAGGAAUUAUUUUAAUGUUUUUAUAUCUACAGACUUUAGUGAAUUCAAAACUGAAAUAGACUUAGUAAAAUUUGAAAAAUUGUACAAAGAAAAUUGACAUGUGUUAUUUAUUAACAUUUCGUCAUUUCCUCGAGUUUUGCUGCAAUAUUGUGCGUAAUGUUUCUGUGGUAUUUCUGUUGGCAAUGCAUGUGUUGAUCCAUCUUUUAAAAAAUGUUUCUUUGCCUUUUUCUGACUCAAGGUGAAAAAAAAAUGAAUAAGUAGAUAGGUAGGGAAAUAUUUUUUUUCAGGAAUUUUCAAUAUGAAUUCUUCAUUUUCAAAAUUUAUUGAAAUUGAAGGUAUUAAUAAAAUUAAAAUUUGUGUUGAGGGUAUUAAAAGUUCCGGAAUGAAUGGAAAAAAUCAUUUUCUGGAGGUUUAGACAUUUGGUCAUGAGAGGGCAAACAGACAUUUUUUUUUUAGAUUGCCUUUGAGUAAAUUUUCUUCAGUUUCUGUCCAGCAGUUGACAUUAGGUUGUAGAUGUAGAAUACCCCGGAACUUACAUCAAUACUUUCGUUCAAUGUUGUAUAUUUUAGUGAGGUUUUUACCACAAGCAGUGCAAAUUUUGGAUAUUUGAGACUGUGGUAAAAGUAGCAAAUUUAUAAUGAUCAAUAAACGUUUUAGAAAGUUAUAAUUAUUUAAAUACAUAUAUAAUAGUUCAUUGAUGUAAUUUAGAAAGUAUAGCUUGGGUAUAAUAAAUUAAUAGGAUAUUGCUAUACCUUGUUAAUACAAUUACAUUAUUGUUUUGUUGAAGUAUUCUUUUCAGAAAUAGAUUGUAUUUAGAUGGUGAUGUACAAUAGUUUAUUCAAAUCAAAACAAAAACAUGAUUUCCUUGCGAUUUGCUGAGGUGCAAGUGUUUCCUAAUAGAAAGGCAUUUACAGAGUGGGAAUGUCUUGCUUCUCCUGUGUUCAAUUGUGAGAACAUUUUUCCCAUAUCGAGGUACUCAUGUCUUGGCAAAUUUACUUUCUUCUAAGAAAAGACUUUAAUUUCAAUCAGACUUCCUUUCUGCUUCUUACUAAAUGACUUAGAGGUCUAUAUUUAUUACAAAAGUGGUAUUUUUAUUUCUAAAGUUCCACUGUGUAUGGCUAAAAAAUCUAUUGAAGAUCUGUGCAGCAACUCUGACAAAUUGUUAAAAAAAACAAAUGUUUAGACAUGAAUUUGGGAUUCAAUUUGCCUUUUUGUUUUAUGUUCAUAUAUUAAUGUAUGAAUUAAAAUUAUUACAAAUAACUUAGCUAAGUUAGAUGUGUAUAGUAUUUGUUUUUACAGAAACUAUGCUAAGUUAGAUGUGUAUAAUAUUUGUAAUGAACAAGGGAUGUUUUUUUUUUUCUUUGGAAUGAAAUACUUUGUUAUGUAAUAUGCCAGCAAAUUGGGAUUGUGUUGUGAUAGCAUUGUAAAUAUUUUUGUAAAGGGUAAGAUUCAUAUUGGUUGUAACCAAAACUUUCCAGUGAUAAGAAAGGUUGUUAAAGUGAUGAACCUUGUAGGACACCUUUUUCCAGCAAUAACUCCAUUUACAUAUAUUUGGUUGUAGAAUACAGCAUAUACAAAACAUUUUUCAUUAUACUCCUUUUUGAUUCUAUAUACUUGUACACUGUGUGUUUUUAUGUAUACCCGUGUACGCUUUGUGUUGUAUAUGUUUAAUAUAUUCUAUAUAUAUAUAUAAUGAUAUAUUUUUGCUUUAUAUGAGCUUAAAAAGCAAACAUUCCAUGUGAUAGAUAGAUAUAUUUUGCAAUAAAUGU